UCAUCACCCUCGUUACUUUCAUAAAAGGAUUGUCUUCUUCGCGUUUCAAAAACAUAACGCAGGUCUUUAUAUACGACAUCAAAUGAACCACUUUUUAUUCAUGUGGAAUAAAAUACAAGCUUUCUGCUUUUUUAGGUCAUCAACUUUGGUGAGCCUUCCUGAACGAGGACCAUCCUUGAUACCAAAAUUAUAAGCGUGGAAUUGCUUGAACCUGUUUUGGCAUUUGCGUUCUUUUUGCCUACGGUCAUCUUAAACUUUACGCCUUUUUUACAUUAAGUUUCCAGUUUAAUUUAGUGUCUAGGAUGACUCCCAGAUAGUUUGCAUUGGAUGAUAGGUGGAUUGUCUUUCCGCCUAUGGAUUCAAGUCUAAAUUGGGGUAUCUUAUUUGUAUGUGUAACCAGUAGUACAUGAGUUAAAGUUAAGGUCCCUUGAUUAAGCCCACGUGAGUAGUUUAGGCAGUGCUUCCUGUAGGGUUUCACUAGCAGUAAAAAGAAAAGUUCCUGUGACUGCUAACACUAUAUCGUCAAUCAUCGCCAGUAGUAACCCAUCCUCUAUUGAGUUCCAGCAGUAUGCGGUUCAAACGCUACUAUCCGCAAGAGUGACCACAAAAAUUGGGAGGCACUAUGGAUUACCUCUGCUCACAUAUGUAUCUAAUUAUUAGACUAUCUCCACUUUUCGCUUAAACAAUUCUGUUUUCCAGCAAUGAGCGUAUCCAACCAACUACACCGCUAUCCACACAAACUUUUAUAGGUGAUUCAAUAUUGUUGAAGGCACCCUCUAUAUUCAGAAAAGCUGCUAAAGUAAACUGCUUGAAGUGCAGUGAUUUUUAUAUUUACAUAUGUUGUUGUUAACAACAACAAUAGUAUCAUGUUAAAUAUUAUACAAAUAACUAAACAAAAUUUGCUUUACUUUCAGACUAAUUCGAGUUUGAGGAAUACGGGUAGAACCAUCUUUCAUAUAAGUUUUGAGUAUUCCUACAGGCCGGUAAUAUACGACAUCCAGUCACGCUUCGCUCCAGCAGUGAACCACCGCGCUUUGCUGCGCGUAAAAUGGCACAAAACGGUUGUUGGUCAAGCAGCAGCGGUGGCAGCUCAUCCUCGUCGGCAGCGCAAAGUCGAGGACUAGGAACGGCAAGUGGUGCCCAAGAGGAACGUUUAGUGGUUGUGGUGCGGGUACGUCCAAGCGCAGAAACCACAGACCAUUGUGUUGAUGUCAUUUCGGAAAAAUCACUUUUGUUUGAUGAUGGUGGCAAAAGUCGGCCUAGACAAUACUCAUAUGAUUAUGUUUUCAAAGAAACUGACACACAGGAAAAGGUAUACAAAAAAACCACAGCGCCUCUGGUCAGGGAUGUAAUUAAUGGUUACAAUGCCGCUGUAUUUGCUUAUGGCGCCACGGGUUCUGGAAAAACACACACCAUGCUGGGGCCUUGUCGUAAGAAAACAACAUCAACGGCUACUGAACGUGGCGCAACCGCCUCAUACGACGCCGAUGCCAAUAGCAACGAAAGUGGUCUGAUGGUUCGAGCCAUCGAAGAAAUAUUUCAAAAUAUCGACAACGCGCCGAAUAAUAGUAGCAAGGUAUCAAUUUCCUACUUGGAAAUAUAUAAUGAGCUCAUUCGAGAUCUCUUAAAUCCUGGCGGUCCGCUAGAACUUCGCGAAGAUAAUCGUGGACAACGCAUUACUGUCGCCGGCCUGUCGGAGAUUACCACCAUAAGUCGGCAAGAGGUCGUCUCAUUGCUGCUUAAGGGCAACAAAGCUCGUACCAUGGAGCCGACAGCGGCUAAUCAAACUUCAUCUCGCAGCCAUGCACUCCUCAGUAUUACCGUGCAAACCAAAACCCCUUUGGGUACAAAACAAGGUCGUCUAUUCCUCACCGAUCUUGCUGGCUCAGAGCGAGCUAAGAAGACAAAAAACCGUGGCAAACGUUUGCAAGAAGGUGCACAUAUCAACCGCAGUCUGCUGGCAUUGGGAAAUUGCAUUAAUGCGCUUUCGGGUGGAGCGCGUUACGUGAAUUACCGCGACUCGAAACUUACCCGUCUAUUAAAGGAGGCAUUGAGUGGCAAAUGCAAGACCGUGAUGAUUGCGCACGUCGCUCCCGAGGGCAAGCAUCGUGAUGAAACAAAAAAUACACUCGUAUAUGCAGAUCGCGCAAAUAGCAUUUCCACGCGACUGCAGAACUCUGUCUAUCUUGAUGAGGUCAAAGACUUUCCCACAAAACAUUAUCAAAACCUUGUAUCCGAGUUGCGCGAGGAAGUGACGCGCUUGCGUAGUAAAAUGUUAACUGAACGGCCACGUAGCGGAGCAGCGGCGGCUGCAGCAGCACAACCAGCACGCUCCACCGAAGAGGAUGAAAAGCGAAAGACCGAACUACGCUAUUUGCGAGAACAAAUCGUGCUCACCUUCAAGCAACAAAUGAAACUGCGACGCAAAUUACUCGAAGCCGAAAGCCACCUGCUAGGACUAGAGCUGGAUGCUGAGCGCCAGCAUAUGAUCAUUUCGCACUGGCAAGGACGAAUGGGGAAGCUCUACGACACACCAGCUGAUGAUGAUAUAGAGUCUGAAGGCGCGAUAGCGCUAAAGAACGCUUGGGGCGAACUAUCGGCAAUCGAGAAGGAGACACGCCGCUACAAAGAAAUACGUGAGCGCACUGAGCAAGAGUUGGAGUUAUGUCGGCAGAAAGGCGUGCAAUUGGAAGAUGAGCUACCAGAGCGUAUUACCAGCGAUGAAGAACGUGAACUACUGGCGCUACUUUGCCGUGUUCACGAGCUAGAAGCGGAUAAAGUGUCUUUGCAAGCUGAGCGCCUGGCCCGUCAAGCCGAACUUCGAAGGCGUGAUCUGCAGCUGUUACGCGCCGAACGCCAACGUAGACUAUGUGAGGAUAUUAUCAGCUCACAGCGUCGACUUAUAGAAGAGGGCAAUGUCGAGCUGCCCGAUGAACUACGCGAACUUUAUGGCUUGUACCAGCAAGAGAUACACGCCGGUGUUGUUACACCGGCUACCUCAUAUGAACGCAAAUUACCGCCUAUCUACACAGCGGGUUCCGAAUCACCCGGCUCCAGUUCCAGCUCCGAAUGGUCACCUGGUUCGCCGCUACCACUAAUUGACAACCAAAUUCUCAGCGCGUUUCAAGACGGACCCGAUAGGCAUAUGGGACCACUUGUCAAUCCGCGCUUACCGAAAUUACCAGCGACCGCUGCACCGGCUACCCGGCGCGGUACCUCAAUACGAAUGACCAAGCAUGCGCCCAACACUUAGACCCGGCAAGGAGCAAUCCGACAGCAAAGGAGCUGAAGGCAAAUAAGUUCUAGAUAUUUAUCGGCUGCAAAUGCUAAGUUUUUGCUCAGGGAAAAUUAAUUGUCAAUUUUAGUACUAUUUGUUUUUUAUGUUUCGAAGAAAAGUUAAAUUAACAUGAACUUGCAAGUAUGUACAAGCAUAAAGAAAGCAAUUCAUGAAGAUAAUGCGUAGCUUUGCUUGAUUAGCAAUUGAUUGUAGAUCAGUAGGAGUGAAUUUUCGAAUAAAUGCGCACAAAAGCAAAUUGGGAUUUUACUUUUUUUGAGAUUUGAUUUUGCUAUAAAACCAUCAGCUCAAAAUAGAGAAGGCUGAGUUCCAAGUUGCUCCAAUGCAAAAGGAUCAGAAAUAAGAGGCUGAUGCUUUGCAUUGAUGCACUUGAACUUAGCGGAAGUGUAAAUAGAUAGAUGUUUGAAUGAGAUAUGCUCCGCGACCUGAGUCUAGUGAGUCUAUUGUGCCCUCCGCUCAUCACAACACAUCUUUUAAUCCCAAGGAUUCCAGUGUUGUUUUCUCAUACCUAUUAUUCGUUUUCUAUGGGAAGCAAGGUCACUGCGGUUCUGGCUACGCCGCUACUAUCUUAUUCCGCCACAUAACCUUUGUGAUCUGGCACCCACAGUAGCUGGAUGUUAUUGAAUUCGACAAGGAUAUUCAGGUUCUCAAUGCACUGAAGGACUAAUGAUGAUUUUAU